ACGACACCGAUGCCUGUGCCCACAGACUGAUCACAGGGCUUUUACCCGAACAGCACUGAAUGGUAGCAGCAGAGAGACGGGUGCGGAGCGAGGGUUGCCAAACCCGGAGGAUUUCUCACGGCUCACGGACUAGAAUGCUCUUCUGUAUGUAUCCUCAUGAACGGAUGACAACCUCCAAACAAACCGUUACUGAAAACUUUCAGCUCUACAUUUGACGCGGGGGUGAUAUUGAGAUUUUAACCAGGUCCAAGAACAGACAUCAUGCAGGUGCAAACUGUGGCCUAACGGUACUGAAAUGACUUGCUCGGCGCUGACGCGGUUCAUUGUGCCAUGCCAACCCCGCAUUGUCAGAUGCCAUUUUACUCUGCGUUAUCCCAGUGUCUGGAAUUCCAACAUACUGGGCCUGUUGUGUAAUUAGAAGUUCGUGAGGCAGUAGCAAACAAGCUGGUGCAAUGAGAAGCUACGCUGUCCAAGACAUUGUGCGCAAUUUCUGCUGAAGCUUAUGGGUCCUGCGUACUCAAGCUCCCGGCUUCCACUUGGAGAGGUGUGCUGCGGGGCUACAGCGCACUGGCUGUCGGCUUCACAUCUGGACCGCCUGGCUACUGUCAUCUGCGGCCUGUUCGGACUGUGUACUCCCUGAACUUGUAUGAUUAAGGGGAACUGAUUGAGAUCGCCUCGGAUGGUGUCGUGUUAGGGAGACGGGGUGAAUAUUCGGCCGGGACUUGACGUUAUCGGUGAUCCACUGGAACACCGUGGUCCAAAGCUGGACUGGCUGACUACUCAAGGAAAAAACGCUUAUCCAGCUAUGGAUUUUGCGUAGCAAAGUCACGCAUUUUUAAAGGCAACGCUAGGGUGACAUUGCAGUCUUCUCACCACAUCGGUUAUUUCGUCGUCCGACAAAAAAAUAAAAGAGUGAAAGUGGAGUAUUGUCCGUCAUACGUAUCAACGCAGUGGGAUUUCUACGUCUGGUCGGCGUUCCCCCCCACCCUUCCCGCGGUGACGGUUAUGGGUCGGAAGCGGUGUGUCGGUGCAGAUUGUUCCAAGAUGGCGGCCGGGUGCUGCGGGGUGAAGAAGCAGAAACUGUCGGGAUCGCCCGGGUCGGGGGGUCCCGGCGGGGUGGGGGCGGGAAGCGGGGUGGCAGGAACCGGACAUUGUGGCUCGGAGUUGGGGAUUGGCUCCUCCGCGACCGUUGCAGCAGCGGCGAACGUGAGCAGAGCCAACGGCCUGGGGGGACCCGGGGGUAACGUUAGUGGCAGCAGUAGUAGUAGUGGUAGCAGCGGCACAAACGCUCUGUCCCCAGCCCCGGCCGGUUACACUUCAUCCGGCCUCUCCCCGAAUCUCAGCCCGGGACCUGGUUCGGGAAGUGGAGGCAGAAAAAUGGUGGUCUCGGCGGAGAUGUGCUGCUUCUGUUUUGACGUGCUUUAUUGCCAUCUGUACGGAUACCAACCUCCGAGAACACCCAGGUUUACAAAUGAUCCCUACCCGCUGUUUGUCACAUGGAAAAUAGGCAGAGACAAGCGGUUGAGGGGUUGUAUAGGUACAUUUUCUGCCAUGAAUCUGCACUCAGGACUCAGGGAGUACACCCUUACCAGUGCCCUUAAAGACAGCCGCUUCCCCCCUAUGACAAGGGAUGAGCUGCCUCGCCUCUUCUGCUCAGUGUCUCUUCUCACCAACUUUGAAGACGUCGGUGAUUACCUUGACUGGGAGGUGGGUGUUCACGGCAUUAGGAUAGAGUUUUUCAAUGAAAAAGGAUCAAAGCGCACCGCCACCUACCUACCAGAGGUUGCAAAGGAGCAAGGUUGGGACCACAUUCAAACCAUAGAUUCCUUACUACGAAAGGGAGGUUACAAAGCUCCCAUCACAAAUGACUUCAGGAAGACCAUUAAGUUAACCAGGUACCGUAGCGAGAAGAUGACAAUGGGUUAUGCAGAGUACAUCGCCCACCGUCAGCACCAUCACUACCAGAAUGGCAUUGGGCACCCUCUACCACCCUACAACCAUUAUUCCUGACAGCGAGCCGCAUGACCAAUCAUUGGACCUCUCCGCGGACCUUUUCCCAGGAGAGCCAGCCCCCUCCUGGUCUAGCUAUUUCUACUACUGUACCAUUUUAUGAUGAUAGUUUCCGUUGCCAUGCUGGCCGUCUCCCAGACGUUGACAUGGCAACGGGUGGCAACGAAGCAUCAUUUGAUUAUGGCAAGAAAUCCACGUUUCUUUUUCUUUGCCUGUGGUUAAGUUUUUGCAGCAUAUGUAUACCUAUAUCUAUAACCCCCUUCAUUCAUAUUUUUGAAAAUUAACAAAUAAUAGAUUUUAUUAAUCUUGCGUCUUUCAGCAAACCUAAUCAGGUGUUUGAUUCUGUGGAUGGAAGGAAGUCUCUUACAGUAGAUUAGUCUCAUGCUUAUAUUGUUUAGGCUUUGCUACAAUUUUACAUUUAGUAAGAAAAUUCUUUUUUCCUUCUUUCUUUCUUUAUCCUAAUAUCCAGACAUGUAUACCAUGUAGCAAGGCAACUGCAGUUCUCAAAGGCUGUGUCGUCUCUAUUCUGAUUCCUCUCAAAAAAAAAAAAGAUUGACUGUUGAGGUUGUUGGAGCCUUGUAAACUCUUGUAGUGUUGUAGUUGGAACUAUUUAUUGGGAUCUAUAUACUCCAAAGUAUAGAUAGUAUGAUUGUGGUGCCCUUUGACCAGUCUUUGCUGGUUGUGUUUAUUGUCUGAGCUCACAAUCGUGUGUGUAUUUCUGUGUGUGGAUAUGGACGUUGGUCUGCUACAAGAUAAAAAAAAAAACCAGUGGAGUAAAUUAGAAAUUGGAUUUCACCUAAAGAUUCCCCACAGAGAUUUUUGGAAACCUUCCUCCCUCAGUGUUUGUAGUGUUUGUGGUGGUAAACCUUGAACUGCGUUUGUUUGGCUGGAGCUCACAGCUGUGUUCCCUCCUUUCUUUUUUUUGUUGAACUUUUUCAAAUUAAAGUAAUUGCGGAGGAAGCCAUUUUGUCUGAGGAUAAUAUGUCCGCACAGGUGAAUUGUUAAUUAUCUAUGUAAAAUGGGCUACACGUGGGUCUGUUUCCCUGCAUUGGAGCAGGUGGGGGGGGUGGGGGGCAG